AUGCCUGCUUCUCCAACCGGAUUUGGUCACUACUUUGUGGACAGAAACGUCUCCAUGCCUGCUGGAUAUCAGAUGCUGGGCUGUGCGCCGGGGGUCCAGCAGCCUCCUCCUCAUCUUGCUGCCAUGGCCGGGAUGCCUGUGCCUUUUUCAGGAAUACCGGGAUACACUUUCAUUCCGUUCCCACAUACCGGACACAUGUCACACAUGAUUGUCUGUUUUUUCUUUUUUUUUUUCUUUUUUUUUUUUUUUCAGGGGAGCUCAUAUGACCUGAAAGCCGCAUCACCUUAUCACCAGGCUCUGCUGAGCCGCGGCGGUGCGUAUUUCUCUCCGUACAGACCGGUGGUCGCGGAUGAGCCAGGACGCGUGGCCAAAGUAGCGAGCAGGGAAAGCACUGGCGCGCUGAAAGCCUGGCUCAGCGAGCACCUGAAGAACCCGUACCCCACCAAGGGCGAAAAGAUCAUGCUCGCCAUCGUCACCAAGAUGAGCCUGACGCAAGUGUCCACCUGGUUCGCCAACGCGCGCCGCCGCCUCAAGAAAGAGAACCGCGUCAGCUGGGCGUCCAAAGCCAAAAGCGAUGAGGACGAGGAGGCUGAUGAGAGCGAGGCAGAAGAAGAUGAAGAUGCCUCGCAGAAAGAUCGAUGCUCGGACGAUGAGGUCGACAUCGAGCCUCAGAUUGUUGAUGUUGAGGAGGAGUUGAGCGCAGGAGAGAGCGAGUCCCAGGAGCGCUUAACGGAGGGUCUCGAGCAAUCCAACGAGGAUGACACUUCCGGCUCAGUAGCUGUUACUACUGGAAACAGCAAGGCUGGGAGUGAAUCGGAGUGUAAAGAAAGUGCUAAUGGACAGAAACCGAAAAUCUGGUCCCUAGCAGAGACGGCCACUUCCGAAACUCCAGUAAAGAAGAGCAGUGAGCAGUGCCAAGAUUUUAGCAAAUGGUGGCCAAACUGGCCUUCCAGGAACAGCUACUUACCUGCAAGCUACUCUGCACACUUUCUUCCACAAAGUCAGUUAAACUGUUAAUGCAGCUCAUGCA